ACUCUCUCUGUCGACUCCUUUCCUGAAGUGGCUGGUCAGCUGUCUGUCGGUUUUCGGUGUUUAAACUUAUUUUCAUUUGCUUACUGUAGGAAGACCUUGAAACAUACUAUGUCAUCCAACAAUAUGGCAGACCCGAGGAGGCAAAAUAAAAUCUUAAGGUACAAACCUCCCAGCACAGAGACCAACCCGACACUGGAGGACCCCACACCUGACUACAUGAACCUGCUCGGCAUGAUCUUCAGCAUGUGUGGACUUAUGCUCAAGCUUAAGUGGUGCGCAUGGAUUGCAGUCUACUGCUCGUUCAUCAGCUUUGCAAACUCCCGAAGCUCAGAAGACACCAAACAGAUGAUGAGCAGCUUCAUGCUGUCCAUCUCAGCAGUUGUGAUGUCGUACCUCCAGAACCCACAGCCAAUGUCGCCGCCAUGGUAACCAAGGGCCAAUCUCAGGAGAGAGCAGAAGUUAAUUGUGGAUGCAGGAGUGGGUGACGGCACAUCUGACUGAAACCCCCCGGCUAUCUAUGAGCAUAAACAGAGAUGAAGAAGAGCAUAAUGUAAUAGAGAGAAAACAGACGAGCAGGAGAGGUAGACAGCAAGGACAGCUCUACGUCAAGAUAGAAAGAUAAAAUAUCUUGGACUUCUGUUAUAUCUUGGAUUCUCUGUUUUUUCUGUUUUAAAACCUUUUCUAAGUCUUUUGCUUGUUCAUGAACUGAUGUUGUCAAUAAAGUUGUACGGUUUUAAAA